AUGACUGCGAAGCCUGCCGUUAUCAUCGUCCCGGCAGCUUUUUCACUUCCGGCUCACUAUGCCUUAGUGACAAGCCGGCUGAGUGACCUUGGCUACGAGGCUCACGUUGCUGCUCUCGCAAGCGCCAGAGAAACGCCUAUUGAGCCAACACCCGGCAUGCAGGAUGAUGCGGCAGUUGUGCGGAACUUAAUGGAGAAAGUUGCAGAUGAAGGUAAAGAGAUCAUUCUGGAUAUGCAUUCUUAUGGGGGCAUUGCCGGAACAGAGGCUUGCGAGGGUCUAAGCAAGGCAGAGCGUGAAGCUGCCGGAAAGACCGGUGGAAUCAUCCGUCUGCUUUAUAUUGCCGCAACAGUGGCCCCAAUAGGUAAUACGACCCGAAUUGACUGGACACAGGGGUUGUGGCUGCACCUGAAUGAUCCUCAGGUCGUUGUUGAUUUCUUCUUCAACGACAUUCCAGCCGAGGUGGCCGCCACCCUCGCCGGUGGUGUUGCUGCGCAAGCCCUGAGGGUUCAAUUCGAUCCACAGACAUAUGCAGCUUACGAGAAGAUUCCAUCAUCGUACUUGCUUACGAAAUUAGAUCGCGUGGUCCCACCAGAAUACCAGCAAAACUUCAUCAGGACUCUCGAGGAGGCUUCGGGGGCACCUUGCGAUGUCCAUGCAUAUGAUGUUGGUCAUUGUGUACAUGUCACUAAGCCUGAGUAUGAGGUUGAGGUUCUGACAACAAGCAUCAUGGCGGACGAGGCAGAAAUUCAGGACUUUCCGUCCCUCUUCUCACUGAAGGGAAAAGUCGCCGUCAUCACCGGCGGUUCGAGAGGUCUGGGACUGACCGCUGCGUCUGCCAUCCUACAAGCCGGCGCAGCCAAGGUCUUCAUCAGCUCGCGCAAGGCCUCGGCCUGCGAGGCGGCGUGCAAGGCGCUCAAUGCGCUGCCGAACCGCGCGCCGGGGGCCGUGGCCAUCUCGGUGCCAGCAGACUCGAGCAAGAUCGAGGGCGUGCAGGCGCUCGUGGACGCCGUGAAGAAGCACACUGACCACGUCGACAUCCUGCUGGCCAACGCGGGCGCCACCUGGGGCGAGGCGUUCGACACGCACCCGGACAGCGCCAUCGCCAAGGUGUUUGACCUCAACGUGCGCGCCGUCUUCAACACCAUCCGCCUGUUCGCGCCGCUGCUGGAGAAGCGCGGCUCCGUCGAGGACCCCAGCCGCGUCAUCAUCACGGCGAGCGUCGCGGGCCUGGGCGUCGGCACGCUGGGCAAGCAGGGCACCUACGGCUACAGCGCCAGCAAGGCCGCCGCGAUCCACCUCGGCCGCAACCUGGCGCUCGAGCUGGGCCCGAGGCACGUCACGGUGAACAGCAUCGCGCCGGGCUUCUUCCCCACCAAGAUGGCGGCGGGUCUCUUGGAGAUGUCUGGUGGUGCUGAUGCGAUCGGCAAGAGCAAUCCGAUGGGGCGGCUGGGAAGACCCGAGGACAUUGCUGGCGCAGUGGUCUACCUGUGCAGCCGUGGCGGAUCGCAUGUCAAUGGUGCGGCGCUUGAGAUUGAUGGUGGUGCUCUGUGGCAGAAGGGAGAGCUGAUGGCUCCCGGAUCGGCCAAGCUAUGA